AAGGGUACUAGUGGCAGUGUAGCCGAGUGGUUGCUGUUUCAAGCUACCGUCCUGCACUGUCGCGGUUCGACUCCCGCUGAGGGUGUUGAUAAGACCAAUGCGAGGUCGAAACUGUUCCUGCACUGUCGCGGUUCGACUCCCGCUGAGGGUGUUGAUAAGACCAAUGCGAGGUCGAAACUGCAGUCCUACCGUACUGCACUUUCGCGGUUCGAAUCCCGCUGA